CGAUCUUGUGACAGUCGCAGCACGUGCGCUUGCGAUUGUCGCCCGUGCACACCGAGUCUGCCUUGCACUUAUAAACAAAUGGCGACCGCCGCUUGAUAUUUCCGCUCCAGCCCCGCUUUGGCUUUGUAUGACCGGAGAGCAGGCACGAAGAUAAGAGAAAGCUGCGUCGCAGUCACCACCGGGCAUACCCUCGGCGCGUGUUUCUGAAUACUCGAGUAUGAGCUCGCCAUUCGACCGUCGACGGUAGCCCUAUCGAUCGGGUCAUGCAGAGGAGCGGCUCUGCUAUGUCGUCUCAAGAUGACCAUGGCCCACCUACGAAUUCCGCUUCGAGUGCAAGCACGAAACAGAGUCCCGCCCCUCUACGGCAACACACCCCAUACCCCACGCUGGCAAUAUGGACGACCAAGCUCUCGAGUGCCAGUGUCAACAGCUUCUCUGGAGCAAUGGCAGGAAUGGCCAGUGGCAUCGUGACCUGCCCAUUGGACGUGAUCAAGACCAAGCUGCAAGCGCAAGGUUCUUUUGCCCAUCCGGGCCUGAAGCACAAAGGCCCACCUGCGAGCGCUGUAUAUUCAGGCAUGAUUGGCACGGCCAGGACAAUCAUACGGCAAGAUGGAGUGAAGGGCAUGUAUCGCGGCCUGGGACCAAUGCUGCUUGGAUACUUGCCGACUUGGGCUGUCUACAUGGCCGUGUACGACAGCAGCCGAGAAUACUUCUACAAGCAUGGCUAUGGCGAGAAGGACAGAGACAAGUGGCUUGCUCGCGUCUAUGCAUCACUGGCUGCUGGUGGAUGCAGUACCUUGGCUACCAAUCCAAUAUGGGUGAUCAAAACUCGCCUGAUGUCGCAAGUCUCCCAGGCAGCCACGGACGGAGCCCGAACACCUUGGCAUUACAGCAGUACUCUUGACGCAGCUCGCAAGAUGUACGCAUCUGAGGGUCUGGCGGCCUUCUAUUCUGGCCUGGCACCUGCCCUGCUUGGGCUUACGCACGUGGCCAUUCAAUUCCCGCUAUAUGAGUACUUCAAGCAGCAAUUUACGGGGCUUGAAAUGGGAGCCACUGCGCCCGAGCACGGUGAAGCUGCGAAGAACACUGCCGGAAUCCUGGCUGCCACGUUCCUUUCUAAGCUCUGUGCUACUUCCGCCACAUACCCUCAUGAGGUCCUUCGAACCAGGCUGCAAACGCAGCAGAGACACCUACCAGUUGAGCACGCCGAUCAUGGAGUAGGUGUAACCAAGCACAGCCAGAGUAUCAACCCUCUCAAGCGUAUAGCAAACACUGACGGUGUGCCGUAUCAGCCGCGGUAUCGAGGUGUGCUCAACACUUGUCGGAUCAUACUGCGGGAAGAAGGAUGGAGGGCAUUUUACAAUGGGAUGGGCACGAACAUGAUCAGAGCUAUUCCAGCGGCCAUGACCACCAUGCUUACCUUCGAAUCGAUAAAGAGCGCGAUCGGUCGUAUGCAGGAAGAAGGCAGAGAGCUGCAGAAGGAAAAUGGUUGA